UAUGCCACACUUUGCCGAGAGUUUUCAGUCUUGGCCGGAUAUACGGGAGAAAUGGAGUCAUAGUGGGCGUUGAAGAGGAUGGUUGAGAGUUGGGCUGCGAUUUCGUGGAAAGAUGAAGUUGUCUCUUGUCCUUUCGGCUGCAGCGCUGCAGUUGGCAGAUGCCGCUGUGGUGCAAAAGCGAACACUUGAUGUUGCUGAGCUGGAGCAUUACUGGUCCUACGGGCGCUCGGAGCCUGUUUAUCCCACUCCGGAGACAAAGGGCUUGGGCGACUGGGAAGAGGCAUUUGCUAAAGCCAAGUCUCUCAUAUCCCAGAUGACCGACGAGGAGAAGAACGACAUCACCUACGGAUAUACGUCUACAACAAAUGGCUGCUCGGGAAUGGCGGGUGGUGUUCCGCGUCUGGGAUAUCCCGGAAUGUGUCUCCAGGAUGCAGCAAGUGGCGUGCGAGGAACCGACAUGGUCAAUGGCUAUGCCUCGGGUCUACACAUAGGAGCUUCAUGGAACCGUGAUCUCGCUUAUGAAAACGCUCACUACAUGGGAGCGGAGUUCAAGCGCAAGGGAGCCAAUGUUGCUCUCGGUCCUGUCGUGGGACCAUUAGGCCGUAUAGCCCGAGGCGGUCGCAACUGGGAAGGAUACAGCAACGAUCCCUACCUCUCCGGUUCCCUGGUUCAGAAUACGAUCCGUGGUCUGCAAGAGUCCGUCAUUGCCUGCGUCAAACACUUCAUCGGAAAUGAGCAGGAAACAAGGCGGAACACGCCAGCUUUGCUGGAGGGAAGCUAUAACCAGUCAGUCUCCUCCAACAUCGAUGAUAAGACCAUCCAUGAGCUCUACAUGUGGCCUUUCCAAGACGCAGUCAAGGCUGGUGCGGGUGCCGUCAUGUGCAGCUAUAACCGCAUCAACAACAGCUACGGCUGUCAAAACAGCAAGACUAUGAAUGGACUGCUCAAGGGGGAGCUGGGCUUCCAAGGGUUCGUUGUAUCCGACUGGAAUGCCCAACACACUGGUAUUGCCAGCGCUGCAGCUGGUCUCGAUAUGGUCAUGCCCGACUCAACCUACUGGGAGAACGGCAACCUCUCUCUAGCUGUCCGUAAUGGAUCCUUGUCCUCCACGCGUCUCGAUGACAUGGCUACUCGCAUCGUCGCCGCCUGGUACAAGUACGCUGAGCUGGAGAACCCCGGACACGGCUUGCCCGUCAGCCUGCUCACCCCUCAUGAACCGGUUGAUGCUCGUGACCCUGCCUCCAAAGCCACCAUCCUCCAGGGGGCAGUCGAAGGCCACGUCCUCGUCAAAAACACAAACAAUGCCCUGCCUUUGAAUCAGCCCAAAUUCCUAUCCCUCUUCGGAUACGACGCCAUCGCUGCGACCCAAAAUACCAUGGACGAUCUCUCAUGGGGUCUAUGGUCCAUGGGGCUCGACAACACCCUGACCUACCCCAAUGGCACUGCCGUUGAUCCGUCCCACCUCAAGUACCUGUUCCUUUCCAGCGCAAACCCUUCUGAAACUGGUCCUGGGGUAUCUCUAAACGGUACCAUGAUCACCGGAGGAGGCUCUGGCGCCAGCACUCCCUCCUACAUCGACGCCCCCUUCGAUGCCUUCCAACGCCAAGCCUACGACGACAACACCUUCCUCGCCUGGGACUUUGCCUCCCAAAACCCGAUCGUGAACCCAGCCAGCGAAGCGUGUCUCGUCUUCAUCAACGAAGCCGCAGCAGAAGGCUGGGACCGCCCAUACGUGGCAGACCCCUACUCCGACACCCUGGUCGAGAACGUCGCCUCCCAAUGCAACAACACCAUGGUGAUCAUCCACAACGCCGGCAUCCGUCUCGUCGAUCGCUGGAUCGACCACUCCAACAUCACCGCCGUCAUCUACGCCCAUCUCCCGGGUCAAGACAGCGGUCGUGCCCUGGUGGAGGUCAUGUACGGCAAACAGUCCCCCUCCGGCCGUCUUCCCUACACCGUCGCCAAGAACGAAUCCGACUAUGGUGCCCUCCUCAACCCGGUCGUCCCCACCGGAACUCAAGACCUGUACUACCCGCAAGACAACUUCACCGAGGGCGUCUACAUCGACUACAAGGCCUUUGAGCAGAAGAACAUCACCCCCCGCUACGCAUUCGGCUAUGGCCUCACGUACUCCACCUUCUCGUACUCUGAUCUUGAAGUCUCCGUCCACACGGGCGUGGACACGAGCUAUCUGCCCCCCAACUCGACCAUCGCAGAAGGCGGUCUCCCCUCCCUUUGGGAUGUGGUGGCUACCGUUACCUGUUCGGUGUCGAAUACUGGUUCCGUGGCUGCGGCGGAGGUCGCUCAACUCUACGUUGGUAUCCCGGGUGGUCCGGCGAAGGUCCUGAGAGGAUUCGAGAAGCAGCUCAUUCAGCCGGGAGAUCACGCGGAAGUCACGUUUGAGCUCACUAGACGCGAUCUCAGUACUUGGGACGUGACGAAGCAGAGCUGGGGAUUGCAGGCCGGAGCAUAUUCGGUUUAUGUGGGGAAGAGCGUGCUUGAUAUUCAGUUGACAGGGACGUUGACGAUUUGAUGUAUGUGUUGUACGAAUAGAUGUAGAUAUUUCUGAAAUGAUUCGCUUUUUAUUGUUCGUCUAUAUAUGGCGUAUCUGGGUAUUGUUCAUUUUGUACAAGUGUCUGUGAGACAUCUGAUGUGAUGCAACUCGAGGGACAGAUCUGGACUUGUGUCGGUUGAGCCCACAUGUGCAGGUCUAUGCCUUUGCUUCGGUAGGUGCAGACAAGCGAUGGCCUCGUUGAAUCUGUCGUGAGGACGACUCGACCCGGUAGACCUUGGGCUCACCU